AUGUCGGCGUACCUGCCCUGGGUGGAGUCGGCCACCGACCUCGAGCUCAUCGCCGACUACCCCGACUUCCGACGCAGGUCCGCCUUCAGGACUGGCUUCGGGAACAAUGAGACUGAAGGUCGCCCAUGCGCUGGACUGACCAGGUCAAAACCGCACUCAAAGGUCCACUCCACGAGUGCACAAGAAAGGCUGAGUGUGGGAGGAAUGGUGACGGAUAGUGAGGCUUGCCACCGGACCUGGUGUGACGACCACGACCACUCUGGCAAGAGUGUAGCGACGAAGAAGAAGAAGAUCGGCUUCGGCAUCCGCGGGCCGAGGCUCGCGGCUCCGGCGCGAUUUGCCGACAUGUCGGCGUCCCUGCCCUGGGUGGAGUCGGCCACCGACCUCGAGCUCAUCGCCGACUACCCCGACUACCGACGCAGGUCCGCCUUCAGGACUGGCUUCGGGAACAAUGAGACUGAAGAAAUCCCAACCACUACUCCCACGACAACGACACCGUCAUCAGUGCUGUUCCGGGAGUGGUACCCCGGCAUCAAUAGCGAAUCAGGAAAGUUCCAAAUCUACAGUCUUACCCCGGGCCAGGAAGCUUGGUAUGAAAUGCCUAGACACUUGCAAGAAGCCGGCUUCAACCCGGGCGACUGCUCCGGUCGCAGGAUCCUGGUCUACCGCGAGCAGAUGAGGCUGGUGGACCCCAACGGCACCCCGGGCAGGGCUGAAUACAAGGUCACGCUGUACGACGAGCAUAUUCAAAACUACACGUGUAUAAGUGUCAAGCUGGAAAACGUUCUAUCCCGGUCACCAGUUCUUAUUUGGUUCCGCCACCACAUGGACCUAUUAGAGGGAACCGGCUUCAAAGGCGGCAUGGGCAUAGACACUCCCGAGGAAAUCCUCAAACGCAUCCCCCUUCCCAAGAAAUAUGAGCUCACGACUGAAGCACCACCACUCAAUGGGACUGCUACACCCAUCUACAAACCGGGGAAGCAUUUGGAGGCAAUAUUUGUGAAGGACAAAGUUAACCGCUCUGGCAUCUUGAACAUCAACCUGAUCAUAGGGUUCACCUUUACGGGAGAAACAAAAAUGAAUUUGAGGGUAUACGGGUACCCCAUUCCUCGGUUCCGGAAGCCAGCCACCACCACUACCACCACCCGAAUGACCCAUAGGCCUCGCAGAAGGAAUAAGCGGAAGGACCGUUUCGAGAGGGCCAGGGAGAGAGAAGCGGAGAGGAGGCAAAUACGCGUCAUGACCGGGAGGAAUCAUAUUGGAUAUUUGCAAUACCUGUGA